CUCUCCGUCCUCAUUUCUCCUCCUCCUCCUCUCCACCUUCCUCCUCCUCCUCCCCCGUCGGAAGGCAGGGCAGGAGGGCUGCUCUUCCCCGGGUGAGCCCCUUCUCCAGGGCUGGCUGGGCUCUGAUCAGGGGCUCCCGCCGCCCAGCGAGCCUGAGCAUUGCAGCCGCCGCUCCGACCGAGAAAGGCGCCGUCCGUCUUAGCCCCGACGGGAGCCUGAGCCUCAGCGUGUGUGGGGGGGUGCUCCUCCGGUCCCGCGGGGCGUCCAGACCCCAGGCCGGCUCCCUCUCUGCCCCCGGGGAGGGGAAGGCCGGGCUUGGUCGGCUGCCAGCCAGGAGCACCUCGCAGCUUCCUCUCCGGGGAGGGUCGGAAGAGGCGCCCAACCUGCCCGACGGCGGAGGCUGCCUCCCUUCGCAGCGCCGCCCAGAAGGCGGAAGGAAGGCGGGGGAGGCGGAGGCGCCUGGGGGCCCCAAUAAGCCAGCCGGAGGAGGAGCCCACCCCCAGGUGUGGCACGAGAGAGGGAAGCCGACGGCCAACUUGGAGGGACGCUGCCAACCCGGCGAGGCUCCGGGUUUCCCCUCCGAUGGAGCUUUUCCCUUUUCCUCGGCGCAGGUUCCUCGCCCCCAUGCCUCCCCCAGGCCUCUGCUGGGCCUGCCAGCUUGGGGGGCUGGCACUGGGCAGCCUGACCCCCGUCCUCUUGCUCCUGAGCUGGCACCGGGAGCAGCUCGUCCCCAGCAGCCCUGCCGCCACCCUCAGCAGCAGGACCAUCUCAGCCCUGACCGACGGCUCCUUCACCUUCCGCUUCAACCGGAGCGCCUACGAAGCCCACUUCCCUCACCUGCAGUUCUACCGGUGCCAGGAGGUGAUUCCCCCGGACGACGUGUGCCAGGGUCCCUCCGUGCCGCCUCUGCUGCUCCUGGCCAUCAAAUCCCACCCGGCGUCUAGCGGCAGGAGGGCCACCCUGCGCCGUACCUGGGCCCGGCCGGUGGAGCUGGGGGGCUUCCGGCUGCAGCCCCUUUUCCUCCUGGGGUCCACCUCCAACCAGAAGCACCUGGAGCUGGUGGCGCAGGAGAGCCGCAUGUUUGGCGACAUCCUGAGGUGGGAUUUCUUGGAGUCCCACCACAACCUGUCGCUCAAGGAGCGCUGCUUCCUCCGGUGGGUGCACGGGCACUGCCAGCAGGCGGCCUUCGUCUUCAAAGGGGACGACGACUUCUUUGUGAACCCCAAGGUGCUGACCGAUUACCUCCGCCGGACGCCCAACGCCUCCCACUUCAUCCAUGGCAACAUCCAGGUCCACUCAACGGUCAUGAGGGGGGGCAAGUAUGCCGUGCCGUGGGACCUCUACCCUCUGGACCGCUACCCCAACUUUGCCUCCGGAGGGGGGUUCAUCAUGUCGCGGGUGGGGCUGGCCGCCCUGUACCGGGCCUCUCUGGAGCUGCCCGUCUUCCCCCUGGACGACAUCUACCUGGCCUUCCUGACGCUGGCAGCCAAGAUCCCACAGCGGCACGACGGGGCCUUCCGCGUGUGGGGCAUCCCCACGGACGAGCUCUCGGCCUACCGGCGCUCUGUGUGCAUCCAUGGGGUCAGCAUGAAGAGGAUCGAGGAGGUGUGGAAGCAGCUGGAGAGGACCCCGGAGGACCCCCGGACCCCCUCUUAAUGGCUGCAGGCGGACCAGGCCUCCCAGCCCCUCCCCUGACCGGUGAUUAACCAGACCCUCGUGGGCCUCUGGGGCCUUGUCUGUGGAGACUGACAGUCAUCCAGGCCACGGUUAUCCCAAAGGGGAUUUUCCAGGAGGCAACUGGACCUCCUUCUUUUGCUUUGAAGACAUUUCGCUUCUCCUCCAGGAAGCUUCUUCAGCUCUGACUGGAUGGUGGGGAACGGAAGGCUUGUCCACUUCAGGUGUGGCCAUGUGAAGAGGGCACAAGUGGCCAUAGGACCGCCCCCACCCCCGGGGAAUUUUGUAAUCGCUGUUACAAAAAUUAGCCAUACUGUCAGACCUGCCCCAACUCGGACCUUUAGGAAAGAAAGACCCUCGACUCCAAUUGGUUGAAGCAACAGGUUCUUUCACUAAAGUUAAGUGGUUGCAGUGAAAAUAAAGCUAGAUCUGAGUGUU